AUGGCAUCCAGUCAAUCUUCCAGUAUUAUCCAAAAUUCCCCCCUCUUAAAAAUCAAAAUCUUAGUUGUAGAUGAUGAUUCUACAUCUCUUUCAAUUGUUUCAGCAAUGCUGAAAACAUGUAGUUACAAAGAAAAUCGCAAGCUAGAACUUACCGUUGUCUCAGUUAAGAACCCAUUUGAUGCUCUAUCAACUCUUCGACUGAAAAAGGGUGUAUUUGACUUGGUUGUCACCGACCUCCAUAUGCCUGAGAUGAAUGGCAUGGAGCUACAACACCAAGUGGAUGAAGAAUUCAAGCUUCCUGUGAUUAUAAUGUCAUCAGAUGAUAGUGAAAAGGUCAUAUUAAGAGCUUUAGAAGGUGGUGCUGCGUUUUAUAUAGUGAAACCAAUUAACAAGGAUGAUCUCAAGAAUGUAUGGCAAUAUGCAGUUGCAACUAAAAGAGGUAAGUGCUCCCUUUCAAUAAAGGAAAUAGGAGGCAGUCAAGAAUCAUCGUCUUCGACAUUAUUUGAUCAGAAAAUAUCUGUUGACGAAGUGAAUUCUGCAAAAUCUACCAAUAACAAAAUAUGCAAUGAAAAAGAUAGAAAAAAUAAAAACAGGAAGAGGACAAAGGAAGAUCAAGAAGUAGAUAGCCAGCUUGCCCCAAAAAGGCCUAAGGUGCUCUGGACAAGUUCACUUCACAGUCGGUUUUUGCAAGCUAUAAACCACAUAGGGCUAGACAAGGCUGUUCCAAAAAGAAUUCUUGAAUUCAUGAGCGUGCCAGGGCUGUCAAGAGAAAAUGUUGCCAGCCACUUACAGAAGUAUCGUAUCUUCCUAAAAAAGGUUGCAGAAAGAGGUACCAGUUCAUCAAAGAACUUGUCAGGACGGGUUCUUAAGUCAAACUUUGCAUCUAGCCAACCCUCAUUGAUGCUCAAAAAUUUCCAGCAAGAGUAUUCACAAUUUUCAAGACAGCGACAAGUAUUAAGAGCAUCUGUUCAAGCAGGUUUUGGAGGGAAUACCAUUCCAACUCCUGAUGGUGGUUCCAAUUUUGGGAGCUUGCACUCUCCAAAAAAGCAAGCUCCAAACAACUCCGCACUUCAAUCACCAUACAAGCAGUCUCGUUCAUGUGGCAAUCCAACAGGGUUUCAGCAGCUAACAUUUGGCAAUGCCAAUCAAGCCAAUAAAAAAAGAUCAGGUUUGGAAUCGAAUAAUAAUACAGGAACAAUCCCUCCCUCUCGUGAAAGUGUCCCUAUUGGCCUCACCCGCGGCAAAAGCCCAACGCAAAGAUACCAACCACAAAAUCAAGGAAGAUCAAAUCUUCAGAGUUUUGAUAGCUCAGAACAUAACAAAUUUGGUUCCAUUGGAGUUCAAGCUACCAACUACAGGUCAAGAGUCGGGAAUGUUGGAAACAACAACAAUUCCUCGAAUACCAAUAGUAAUUAUGCUGGAAUUCGAGUGAAUACCGAUGGACAACUCAUUGGAGCAGGCCAAAUGCAAGUCAGCAAGGAUGAGCUAUCAAAUGGUUUUGGUAAUUGUGGCUUGAUGAAUUGGACUCACAAUGGCAACAUGAAUGCUGCAUCAUCGAGCUAUUUGGCUCAAAGAGGGUCUUUUCCUGCUAGUAUUGAGAGUGCAAACCAAUUCUCACCAACAUUAUUCACUAGUGCUUAUCAAGGGAAUGCUCCUAUGCUGCCGCCAAGGCCACGGCCACCGCCACAACAACUUGGUCUUGGGAAUGGAGGGCAAAAUGACUUUGCAUUUGGCCUAAUGAACAAUAGUCCUCCUAUCUUCGGUGGAAAUUACAAUCAGCAGCAACAAUACGGUCAAGGUGAACUAAAUUUUAGCGAUAUGCUUUUGGAGCCUACCAGCAAUUUUACUGCUUAUCAGCCACAAGGUGUUGAUCAAGUGAGCACUCCCUUGCAUGACCUCUUGCAUCCAGACUUCCUUAACUCACUUCAUAUUGAUGACAAUACUCCUUGGAAUGAACAACCUUCUAGCCAGGUUCAAAGUGGAGAAGAAGCUAUGAAUCCCUUCUUCGGAGGCAAUACCAGUUCAAUGGACGGGUAUUUUCCUAACUUUAAUCAGGCAAGUGUACGACAUACCGACAUCCCUGCUCUAAUACUUUCAAUAGUAUUUACAAUAUCCAACAAUUAA